AUCAAUCGGAGGUAUGUGCAUCCUAAUCCAAAUGUGGGCAUGGGAACGCUGCACGACUUUGGCUCCAAAGAGAACUCCUCCUAUAAUGGAAAACAAACCACUCGGACACAGGUGGCUGCGACGUGGAAACCAACAUAUUGGCAAUGAUGAUCUAAUAGUUUUCCGUCGCAAAUUGGAUAUCAUGAAACGACAUAAGUUUCUGUGGGAGCCUUACACAGCAACUGUUAUGUCGAUGUUACCUCCCAUUUGUUUGGUUGGCAGUAUGGCGUGGUGCGCAGUGGUGCCACUCAUUUGUUUUCAUGUUGUAGAGUGGCACCAACCGGAUAGAGUGUUGCAACAAUUUGGAAUGCAACAACCUAUUCCGGAGUCUCCUUCGCAACCAUGGAAUGUCCACGGGCUAACACUGAAAGGCAAAAUGGAUGAAAAUUGGUUCUAG